UCCAUAAUGGCGGCCCCAGCAAAACAGGAAGUGUAACGGCGCAGAAGGGGCUGUAGCGGGUUCCUCGAGGGAAAUAAGCGGGAGGGCAGAAUAGACGUUUCUGUGGAGAAGCACGUGCCGUUCGCGAGUUAGGUGGAGUCCCAUGUGCAAAGUGGGUGGAGGCUGCAUCGCGAGGCUGCCUUCCCCGUUAUCGCAGAUUAAACGCUCACCGAGCGAGCGUUUUCGCGUAUCGAAGUGUGAAUAGACGGCCCAAGUUGGUAUAGCAAAGAAUGGAUUCCUAGCAUAAGGGUGCUCAACGUAAAAUUAGCGUUGACGUCGGCGUUAUUUGCGUUUGUGAGGAUACACGACGGAUAUUUUCAUGAUGAAACGAAGCGUUGAUGGAAGGAACAUCACUCAGGAGGAGAUAGAAGACCAUGAUCCUCUGCAAACGCAGCAGCAACAACAGGAUGAGUCUGACCAGCAGCAGCAACAAUUGGAACAACAAAGUACCCAGCCACAGAUUCGUUUCUUGAGUGCAAAUGUUCUGCAACAGUUGCAACAGCAGCAGGACAUACAACAGCAAGCGCAGCAGCAGCAACAGCCACAAGUUAUUACUUUACAGCAACUGCAAAACUUUGUGCCUUUACAAACUCAACAGCCACAACAUGAUCAGCCGAGAGCACAAACUAUAUCUGUGCAAUCUUUACCACAGCAAUUCUUGCAGGGUGCUCAAUUGAUCAGUACUCAGACCCAAGCUGCUCUUCAACAGCAACAGCAACAAACACAGCAACAGCAGACACAGCAGCAGCCUCAACAACAGCAGCCACAACAGCAACUCAGUUACAGUGUUAUACCACAGAUGCAAACUGUUAACAUUGAUGGCCAAGAAGCACUUUUCAUUCCAUCCUCUGCUAUGUCUGCUGCAGGUGGGCAUCAUCAAAGCCAGCCCACCAUGCAGUUUGCUACAGCUAAUGGGCAACAAGUUCAGCUUGCUAGUCAGCAAGUACAACUGGCUAAUGGGCAGACUAUUAUUACACCACAACCAGUUAGUUUGAUAAGGGCACCCAAUGUCUUUCCUACUUCUAUCAUACAGAAUAUCACUGGGCAAACUGUUCAACUACCAACAGGACAAAGUGUUCAAGUUAGACCACUUCAAUUCCCUAUGCAGCAUGUUCAGCAAACUGUGCCUGUACAAGUACCGGUCACUGCCAGUAAUGGACAAACCGUGUAUCAAACUGUGCAUUUUCCUGUUCAAGCAUUGUCUAGUGUCUUCAAUGUGCCUGCCACACAAAUGAUACCGCAAAUUACCCAACAAAUCCCACAAGUAGCACAAAUAAUUACACCAAAUGGUCAAAUUCAGCAGGUCCAAAUCGCCAACUUACCACAACUUCAAAGUUUACAGAGUCAACAAGUAACGCAAGUAGCUCAACAAGUAGCUCAACAACAAGCACAGCAGCAAGUAGUGCAACAGCAAGCCCAACCACAAGUAGUGCAAUCUGUACAACAACAGCAACAAGCAGCUCAAGCGCAAGUUCAGCAGCAGCAGCAGCAACAACAAGUACAACAAGUUGUUCAACAAGUGAUCCAACAACAGCAACAGCAGCAACAGCAGGUCCAACAAGCGCAACAACAAUCCUCUGCACCAUCCUCGACUGUAGCAACUUGGAGCACGACGGUAACAACCCCAAGCAACGUUCAGGUGCUUGGAAUUGGUGCACUUGGGAGACCAGUGCCAGGGACCAGUAACGUAAUCACUACGAAGGAUGGACAGAAAAUUGAUGUGCAAACGUUGUCAGCUUUAACUAGACCACCAGAGGCAGUCGAAGGUGAUAUCAAAGUAACCAGUAUUGAUGCCAGGCAAUUAGCCAGUUAUUCUUCUUACUUGUCUUUAUUCAAGAAAUAUUAAUAUUUCAAUUUUACAGGGACGCAAGCUCAACAACUAACUUUAAUUCCUGCAUCUGCGUUAGCGAACCUAACUGCCCAACAAGGUAACAUGAUGAGGGGCGUUGGCAGUGGAAGUAUAAUGCAACUUCAACCAGCCACAGGAAUGAACGCAACGAACGGUUUUCUUCAAUCGAUACCGGUGCAAAAUAUUCCAGGCCUGGGUAAUGUGCAAGUUAUACCUGCAAGUGCUCUUCAGCCUGCUACUGUUCAAACGCUACCUGCAACGGCAGCUGCGCCUAUUGUGGCUGCUCCAACUGUGCAAUUAGACUCUAACGAUCCGACAAAGUGGCAAAUUCUGCAAACUCUUCAGUCAAAUAACACAUUAACAACACCUACCCCUACGUCUCAUCAACAUCAAGUAACAACUGCAGCAUCCACAAACGUUGAAACAGAUUCCAGUAAGCAACAUCGUAGGAGAGUUGCUUGCACGUGUCCCAAUUGUGGCGAUGGUGAUAGGAACAGAGAUAUGACCAGGAAAAGGCAACACGUUUGUCACAUAGCAGGUUGCAAUAAAGUGUAUGGAAAAACAAGUCAUCUCAGAGCUCAUUUAAGGUGGCACACUGGUGAAAGACCGUUUGUUUGUAGUUGGAUAUUUUGUGGUAAGAAAUUCACUAGGUCAGAUGAGCUUCAGAGGCACCGUAGAACUCACACAGGAGAGAAGAGAUUUCAGUGUCCUGAGUGUACGAAAAAGUUCAUGCGAUCGGACCAUUUGACAAAGCACAUAAAGACACAUACGAAGAUUCGAAGUACGGAAGCAGCUACUUCGACGCAGGAAGGCUCUUCUGACAGUCAAUCUUCUACGGAAGAGAAAAUUAUUAUCGCUCUACAUAAAGACACGGAACAGUCUGAUAUUGUUAUAUCCGAGCAAAUGGACGAAAUAAAAGCUCAACCAACAAAUCAUGUAACGAACGAAUAGAAAAAGAAUUAAAAUCGUGCUCGUAUCUGAGAGUGUUUAGAAGUCAAAAAGGAAAAAUUGUUGGUUGAACGUUGGUUGUUGUUUUACGUUAACGACAUCGAU